UAUCCUGUGUUUAUUUUCCUUCCAGCUAUGCAAAUGCCACUUUUAAAAUUCGCUGUGAGAACUGACAUUUCAUUCCUGUCAGGAGUCCUUUUGCAAUUUUUCCUCCUGCACAUCGUACCGCAUCCGCCCAUCACGGCCAUCACGGAGAUUCCUUGCACUGAGCCUUUUGUAUCAUGACCCAAGUCAAAUUUAGUUUUCCUCCAGGGGGGCACUCGAAGCGGGCUUGGUGGCGUUCCCUUCUCUCUAAGGAAGAUGCCAGCACGAGCCGCCGCUUCACGCCGCCUUCCACCGCGCUGAGUCCCGGCAAGAUGAGCGAGGCGCUGCCGCUGGGCGCCCCGGACGCUGGCGCCGCCCUGGCCGGCAAGCUGAGGAGCGGCGACCGCAGCAUGGUGGACGUGCUGGCCGACCACCCGGGCGAGCUGGUGCGCACCGACAGCCCCAAUUUCCUGUGCUCCGUGCUGCCCACGCAUUGGCGCUGCAACAAGACCCUGCCCAUCGCUUUCAAGGUGGUGGCUCUGGGGGAUGUUCCAGAUGGUACCCUGGUCACAGUGAUGGCAGGCAAUGAUGAAAACUACUCAGCCGAACUGAGAAAUGCCACCGCCGCCAUGAAAAACCAAGUGGCGAGGUUUAACGACCUCAGGUUUGUCGGUCGCAGUGGAAGAGGGAAGAGCUUCACGCUGACCAUCACUGUCUUCACGAACCCACCGCAAGUCGCCACCUACCACAGAGCCAUCAAGAUCACCGUGGACGGACCCCGAGAACCUCGAAGACAUCGGCAGAAACUAGAUGACCAGACCAAGCCUGGGAGCUUGUCCUUUUCCGAGCGUCUCAGUGAAUUGGAGCAGCUGCGGCGCACGGCCAUGAGGGUCAGCCCACACCACCCGGCCCCCACCCCCAACUCUCGGGCCUCCUUGAGCCACUCCACUGCCUUUAACCCUCAGCCUCAGAGUCAGAUGCAGGAUACGAGGCAGAUCCAGCCGUCCCCGCCCUGGACCUACGACCAGUCCUACCAGUACCUGGGCCCCAUCGCCUCGCCCUCGGUGCACCCCGCCACGCCCAUCUCGCCCGGGCGGGCCAGCGGCAUGACCACCCUCUCCGCAGAGCUUUCCAGCCGACUCUCAAUGGCCCAGCGCGUCCAGGGCCGUCCCCGCCCAGCGGUGGACACGGAGGGCCACAGAGUGCCCGUGGGGCACCGUGGGGUAUGCAGUGGUACCUCUGCCUCCUCCAUGUCGCCAGGAGCACCCCGUCCGUGCCAGCUAGAGCUGUCUCCAGGCAUUGCCAACGGUGCCCUGGGCCCAGACUGCCCUCGAGGGCCCUUGGGCGCUAGACACUUGGCGGCUUUCACCGACUUCGGCGGCACUGCCCUGCCCACCGGCCACGGCCAGCGUCUGAAUCAAGGCCUGUUUCCCUUGGAAGUGGCCGUGCUCCGCUUCUGCGGCCGGGGACUUCGCAGGCCACCACCCAGCACGGCCACCCCAGCGUCCACAGCCCCACCGGCCAGUGUGUGGACGGAGGACUGCUCCUUUAGAGGAAUGAGUAACAGUCAGCGCUCCCAAAGCCCCAGGCCCAGUAACACUUCCGAAACGCCUGGGCCUCCACUGGCCCAGGUGUGA